AAACGCCCCCCUCCCUCCCUCUCUCUCUCUCUCUCUCUCUCUCUCUCUCUCUCUCUCUCUCUCUGAGCUUUUUUUCAUGGAUACACAAACCCUAACCGAGUACGAGCGCCAGAGGCUUGAGAACAUAAAGCGUAAUGGCGAAAUGAUGGCUUCUCUGAAGCUCCAUUCCACAGUUCAAGAGCUCUCUUCUGCAACGAAGCGUAAUAGAGUUGAAGCAAAAGGUUAUAAGGUCGCUCAAUCGAAGAAGCCAAAGCCCGAAGCUCCUAUUGUGCUCCGCAGGUCACUCCGUACCCGAGGAGUGCAGCCUGAUUCGUCAUCAGCAGGAGGCGUUGAAGAUGACCUUGUCGUUUCCCCCAAUAAGACCUCCGGAUCUUCUUCUCCAAGAGUCUUGGGUCCUCUCAGUAUGAAAGAUGCUCAUAUUGGUGAUUCCCCCGAGCGGCAACUUAUAGAUACUAUAGUGAAUAUGUGGGAAAACACCCCAUUAAGUUGCGCAAUCAAAACUGAGCUUUUUCCGAUCAAGGAGGAAAGAAAUUCUCUUGGUGCGAUCAGAGGUAAUUUAGAAAAUUAUCCUUCUAGUUGCUCAAUUGAGAAAGAUAUUUGCUCAAUCAAGAAGGAUUUUUCUGGGGAUGGGACCUCUGACGAUCGUAACGUCUUGGAGAGAAUUGCAGUGAAGAGGGAAGCUGAAUGGGACAUGGAGAAAACCCCGUUGAAUGAAUCAACUAGGAGGGAACUUGGUAAUAAUGGGGCCUUUUACUCUAUAUCUAUGAUUAAAUCAGAAGAAGCUCCUUCAAGUUCUUUGAACUUGGCAUCACUGAGAGUGAAACCAGAAAAUAAAGAGGAUAUGGAGAAAACCCCGUUGAAUAAUUCAAUAAAGAGGGAAAUUGAUGAUAAUGGGGCCUCUUACGCUGCAUCUAUGAGUGUAUCGGAAAAAUCUCCUUCAAGUUCUUUUAACUUGUCACUAAGAUUGAAACCAGAAAAUAUUGCCCGAGUUGUGCCUGGAAGGAUACUGAAUGUGUGCUUCUUUCCUACAACAUACCGUUUGGUGGUUGUUGCUGGGAAUAAAUUCGGGAAUGUUGGAUUUUGGGAUGUUGAUUGUCAAGAGGGGGAAGGAGAUGGUAUUUACUUGUACCGCCCUCACUCUGCUCCUGUUUCGGGGAUUUUGAUCCAACCCUUUUCAUUAUCAAAGGUUUUCACUAGCUGCUACGAUGGAUUAAUUCGUUUGUUGGAUGUAGAAAAGGAAUCAUUUGAUCUGGUUUACUCCUGCGAGUAUCCCAUCUUCUCUCUUUCUCAACGUCCAGAUGAUGCAAAGUCCUUAUACUUUGGGGAGGGCCAAGGAGGAUUAAAUGUUUGGGAUGAGAGGGCAGGCAAAUCUUCAAGUUCAUGGAUGUUGCAUGAGCAAAGGAUCAACACCAUACAUUUCAACCCAAAAAACAGUAACUUGAUGGCUACAAGUUCCACUGAUGGUACUGCCUGCGUCUGGGAUUUGAGAAGAAUUGAUGCAAAUAAACCGAAAUCCCUGAUGAUAGUUGAUCACAGAAGGGCUGUCCAUUCUGCUUACUUCUCACCCAGUGGGAAUUGUCUUGCAACAACAAGUUAUAGUGACAACGUUGGAGUUCUGAGAGGUGCUGACUUUACGGAUGUGGAUAAGAUAAAUGUGGAUUUGAUCCAUCAUAAUAAUCAGACGGGCAGAUGGAUUUCUUCUUUCAGAGCAAUAUGGGGCUGGUGUGAUUCUUAUGUCUUUAUAGGCAAUAUGAGAAGGGGAGUUGAUGUUAUUUCCACCACUGAUAGAAGAACAAUGAUGACUUUAGAGAGCCCACGCAUGUCUGCAAUUCCAUGUCGGCUUGCUACACACCCAUAUAAGGCCGGUAUAUUAGCUGGAGCUACAGCUGGGGGCCAGGUAUACAUAUGGACAUCAAGUUAGAAAACAUUGCUGCUCAGAACAGAAUGUGUAUGCCCAAAACAAAUUUUUGUACCAUUUGGGUUCAGUCUGCAGAGUUUCCUGUAAAUUUUGGCAAGUGAAAGAAACCUUUGAAAACAAACUCAUUUGAAAUAUGUUAUCAUACUUAUAACAGGUAUUUUGCUGCUUAGGGUUUGAGAUA